UCACCAAGUCCCAGACAGCAAUUCCUGACUGGAACUCGGCAGAGCUGACAGGGGAGAGACCUACAUGCUGCUUUGUAUCUCUGAACAGCAGAGAAAUACAAAGCAGCAUGUCUCCCUAGUAAAACAAACACACUGCACUUAAUGUAAAAAACACACACAGCACACAGUUAACCCUUUGAUAGCCCCAGAUGUUAACCCCUUCCUGCCCAGUGUCAAUAGUACAGUGUCCGUGCUUUUUAUUAGCACUGAUCACUGUAUUAGUGUCACUGGGGAUGCCAGUGGCAGUUUGUCAGUUCCCACCCAGUGUCAGAAUGCCCGCUGCAGACCCGCUAUUA